AUGGCAACCAAUACGCCACCAGCCAGCAAUCCAACAGCAACAUCGCAGCCACCCUAUGGCACCCCCGUUGCGCAAGGAACAUUUAUGCCACCUCACCUCCAAUAUCUUAUCCAGCAGAGUCCUGCGCAAUUUGCUUACAUGUACGCGCCAGCCUCGCCACAAAAUGUCAGCCAAGCUCACACUGCUACGCCAAUUGACUCAGCUAUGUACAAUGCAAUUCUCAGAUCCAGCAGCGAAAGCCUGUCAACGUUCAAACAAGCAGAACAAAGCUCGACGCAUGAUUGGCCCGCGGGCCUGGCCGUAGAAGGGGAUCCCAGAAGUUCAUAUCAAUACUGCAGCCUCACCAACGAUCAACCCGGUGAAUGGUGGAUGGUGGAUUUGGGACGAGUGUUCCAGGUGACGACCGUCACCAUAAUCAACCGCAUCCAUGAUUGUAAUUGCGGCGGACGCUUGGAUGGGAUAGUUUACGAGGUUGGGAUUGCAACAGUAUCGUGGGAAGAAUGUGGACGCUUUCUCGGUCCAGCUGAUGGUGUUCUAAAUAUUACAACAACCUGCAACCGCACCAUGCACGGGCGCUAUGUGAGAAUACGCAAGAUCAAGCAAGAUUAUUUAACCUUGUGUGAAGUGUAUGUAUACAGUUAA